GCGGCAACGUGCGCGUUGUCGUCCGUGUGAGAAAGUUCCUUCCCAGAGAGAUUAACCGCAAUGCCGAAUGUCUGAUCAGCAUGGAUCCGCAGACGCAGACGACCAAACUUCGAGCGCCCCUGAUAAGCCCGGAAGACGAAGGGAAGCCUAAAUCGCAGGCGCGCGGAAAGGUGUUGGAGGAUAAAUCAUUUGUCUUUGACAAUUCUUUUUGGUCGCAUAACGAGCGGGACCCCCACUACGCCCCCCAGGAAGACGUCUACAACUGUCUGGGAGAAGAGUUCUUGGACCACAAUUUCGAAGGAUACCACACCUGCAUAUUCGCCUAUGGCCAGACAGGUUCUGGCAAGAGUUAUACCAUGAUGGGCACACCGGAAGCGCCUGGAUUGAUUCCUCGGACCUGCGAAGAUUUGUUCCAACGUAUCGAAAGCGCCGAAUCUCCGGAUAUUAGUUUCAACGUGCGCGUCUCCUACUUCGAGGUCUACAAUGAGCAUGUGCGCGAUCUGCUGGUCCCUCGGAGCGACCCGCCGCACUACCUUCGUAUUCGGGAGUCCCCGUUGGAAGGCCCGUACGUCAAGGACCUAACAGAGGUGACGGUCAAGAGCUUCGACGAACUCAUGAAGUUCAUGCGCAAGGGAGAUGUAUCGCGCACUGUGGCUAGCACUAAGAUGAACGAUACGUCGUCCCGGUCACACGCAGUGUUUACUAUUACUCUGAAGCAGAUCCACCACGACCUUUCGACCGAUGAAACCACUGAGCGCACGGCGCGAAUACGUCUCGUUGAUCUGGCAGGUUCGGAACGAGCCAAGUCCACGGAAGCAACCGGUCAACGACUGCGCGAAGGGUCCAAUAUCAACAAGUCCUUGACCACACUGGGCCGAGUCAUUGCCGCACUGGCAGAUCCCAAGCCGGGUCGCGGGGGCAAACGCAAGGGCAAGGAUGUGGUCCCGUAUCGCGACUCGAUCCUGACCUGGCUGCUGAAAGAUAGUCUUGGGGGCAACUCGAAGACGGCGAUGAUAGCAUGUAUAUCUCCCAGUGACUACGAGGAAACGCUCUCUACCCUACGAUACGCAGACCAGGCAAAGCGCAUCCGAACACGCGCCCGAGUUAACCAGGACCACCUCUCCGCUGCCGAACGUGAUAAACAGAUCGCCGAAAUGGCGGAAACGAUCCGCACGCUUCAGCUGAGUGUCAGUCUGGCCGCAGCUAACCGACGGGAGAAUGAGAUGCAGAACGAGCGCCUCGAAGAUUAUCAGCAGAAGGUGGAGAAGCUCCAGCGACUGAUGGAGGAGACGAAGAUGGUGAGUGAGUGUAAGAUCCGGCAGCUGCAGACGGAGAACGAGGCCCUGCGGAAUCACCUCAAGCUGGCCUUGGACAGUAUCCGGAACCCGAUCCCUCCGGUGGUGGUGCAUAAGCGCCGGAGUGGCUUAUACAGUGUGAAUGAGAAUGAUGGCUCCCCGUCCAAUCGCAAGCGGCUCAGCCGUGCCCGAUCGCCUCCAUCCGACGUCGAGCCCGAACCCGAGCCGGACCUCAUUUGGGAAGAUGAAGACACGAUGCAAAGCGAGGCCAGUCAUGUUGAGGCGCAGGAAAUGCAGACGCAUAUGGAGAACCUUUUGGACGACCUGAGUAUGUUCAAGCGCAAGAUAGCGACGGACCACGAACGAUUCCGACCCAGCUGGAAGCCUGAAGGACGAAAGCGACGACGAGCGCUGGGCAAUGUUUGGGUCAACAAUCGAUAAAUGGACAACUUCGCGAAUAGAAUGGGAUGGGAUUGGGCUGGGUAGCGUGGGUGGCUUUGUGAUUAUGGCGUUGGAUGGAUUACUUUGGAUGCACAUAAUUGGAGACGCUGAUUUGAUUUGAACUGUGUCUCGCUGCGAUGAUAUCUUUGCUGCUUUUCUUCCUUCUUCUCUUCCGGCCUUUAGCUUUUACUUUUCUGGCACGAUGACAUGAUUGUAUGGUAGGAUGACAAGGAUGCUUGAUGCCCG